AUGUCUGCAGAGCCAGUGCCAGGGCCUGAGGCUGGCAGGAGAGGCCUGAAGAAGCCACGUCCGUUCAGCAUCGAGGACAUCCUCUCCAGCCCCGCGGAGAAGAGCCCCCAGGUCUUGGUGCCACUGUGCCUGCGGAGCAUCCUGGACUGCACACCCCCGAGGCCCUGCGAGCUGGAGACCAUCCCAGCCAGCUCCCUGCAGGAGGAGGAGGAGGAGGAAGAAGAGGAAGAGCUGGAAGGGGCAGGCUGCAGCUGCUGCUGCUGCUCUCACACGAGUGCCCGUUCCCUGCAGGAGCUGCCAGCUUGGCUGGAUGCGCGGCUGCCCUGGCCCAUGCGGCUCCUGCAGCCGGCGCUCAGGGUGUGCAGGAGCUCCCAGGAGAAGGCAGGCGAGCUGCAGAGCCUGCAGCAGCUGCAGAGCCUGCAGCAGCAGCUGCAGCGCCGCACGCGCCGGCACCGCACCAUCUUCAGCGAGGAGCAGCUGCAGGCGCUGGAGACGCUGUUCCACCAGAACCAGUACCCGGACGUGGUGACCCGCGAGCACCUGGCAAACCGCAUCCACCUCAAGGAGGAGCGCGUGGAGGUGAGAUCCUGCUGAGGGGAGCUCCUGUGUGCCUGCAGCCCCCCAGGAACACACUGGGGCAUUGUGCUGUCUGUUUUGGAGCUGCAGACCCACGGCCUCAUUUUAACAUCCAUCCUUGUGUGUUUGACAAAAGAGAGUUUAAGUUUGGUGAGCAAUGGAAAACAUAAACCAUUUCAGCUGGGCUAA